UGCUCCUCCACUUUACCGUGCAGCUUGGUGGACCCCGUGAAACCACGCCUGCUACUACAAGCAUGCGAUCCUCUGCAGUGUAGAGAGAAGCACCGCCGUUUGCUGUGUGGGACUGGAGGACAGAUUUCUUAAAUGGCUGAGGAGGUUUUAAUUCCGUCGUCGGGGAGAAUCACAUCGCAGCUGACCAGCUCUCUGUUGGCAGUGGCAUUCCUGACGUCUUUUGGGAGCUCCAUGCUUUAUGGCUACAACCUGGCAGUGGUCAACUCCCCUGCUGUGUACAUAAAGGACUUCUACAACAAGACAGCCCUGAGUCGUAAUGGGACUGGCCUCAGCGGGGAGACCCUCACCCUCAUGUAUUCUCUCACUGUGUCUGUCUUCGCUAUUGGAGGUCUUCUGGGCUCUGUCGUCGUGGGCAUGCUGGUCUCUCGCUUUGGCAGGAAAGGCACAGUGGUAAACACCGCAGUGCUGGUUAUUGCCAGCACCCUGAUGGGCUUCAGCAGGAUUUGUGGUUCACCUGAGAUGGUCAUCGUUGGUCGCUUCAUCACAGGAAUUCAUUCAGGCAUCUCUCUAAGUGUGGUCCCAAUGUACCUGGGUGAGAUAGCACCAAAGAACCUGCGAGGCUUCCUUGGACUUGUGCCGAGUAUCUUUAUUGGCACCGGUGUCUUCACCGCACAAAUCCUCGGCCUACAUGAGCUUCUGGGAAAGGAGGAGUACUGGCCCCUGUUCCUUUCGGUGGUGGUGGUACCCACCUUCAUCCAGUUCAUGCUGUUGCCAUGGUUCCCAGAAAGCCCAAGGUACCUGCUGAUGGAGAAGCAGAACGUUCAUGCCACCAUCACAGCCUUGAAGUGGUACAGAGCUAAGUGCAACAUCCAGGCUGAGAUCGAAGAGAUGCAGGAGGAGCAGCGCUCAUUGUCGUCAGUGGAGACGCUGUCCGUUUGGAAACUGUUGCAGGACAAAACGGUCCGCUGGCAGGUGCUCACUGUGGUGGUCAUUAACAUCGGCAUGCAGCUGUCUGGCAUCGAUGCUAUCUGGUUCUAUACCAAUGACAUCUUUGAGAAUGCAGGUAUCCCAGCACCAGAGAUCCCGUAUACCACAGCCGGAACUGGAAUUAUAGAAAUCAUCGCAGGACUCAUUGGGUGUUUCUCCAUAGAGAGGCUGGGCAGGAGGCCUCUAAUGAUCGGGGGGUUCGCCAUGAUGGGCAUCUGCAGCGCUGGAAUUACAGUAACCCUCAUUUUACAGGUGCACUUACCUUUCAUGCGCUACAUCAGUGUCUGCUGUGUGGUGGGCAUCAUCGCUGGCUUCUGUAUCGGCCCAGCUGGGGUUCCCUUCCUGAUCACAGCGGAGCUGUUCAAACAGUCUCACCGGCCGGCAGCCUACAUCGUAGGAGGAUCCCUGAACUGGCUGUCUAACUUCACUGUGGGAUUCGUCUUCCCCUUCUUACAAAUGUCAGCGGGGUCCUACUGCUACUUGGUGUUUGGCACUAUUUGCAUUUCUGUGGCCAUCUAUGUCUACAUUGUGAUCCCGGAGACCAAAAACAAGACCUUCAUGGAGAUAAGCCGCAUGUUCUCUAACAAGGAGGGAGUUCUUGAGACCCAGGGCCUGGUCCACGUCGACCAGCUGAAACUGAAGAAGAUGAAAGGCUACGGUGGUGUGGAAAAGGCUUCACUGGAGUUCGACAGCUCUUCAUCCGUCCCUUAACUGAGUUUCGGGUUUUGGCUGCGACGCAACAUCUUUGGCUACUUCCUCUUUGCAAUUCCAGUGUUUUUGAUAUGUAUAUAUAAGCCAAUCUAACCUGCUCUCAUUUACCUCUUUUCCACCAAAGCCCUUCAAAGCCGGUGUCCAAUUGCAAACCACUUGUUUGUGUUUUCACUGCAGCGGCACCAAAAAAUGAUUUGCAAUGCAAUGAACUGCUGGUCUGGAACCGAGAACCACACACAUAAGAGGGUUACGUUGGAGGCUGAGGCAGAUUAACACAAGUAAUACCAGUUAAUGCCGAGGACGACCAAUAGUAACAUUUUUACAAGCAAUAGAGCAGAGAAUGCAAAGUGACUAAAAAGCUAUCAUUGACUGUUUUAAAGACGCUUUUCUGUUGUGUUUUUAUACUGUGUAUCAGGGGUAAUCAAUACAUGCCGCACUGAGAGUAACACACAAUCAUUCAAAUAUUUAUGGUGAAUUAUGAAUACGCUGUAGAACUAGAGCAAACUUAUUUUAGCGGAAAAGGGGUGAUUGAGCUCUCGUUGGAUGUCAAGUACUGUAUAUUCAGUAUUUGCAACUUCUUAUCAAUAUAAUGUUUUAAUCUGUUGAACCAUUAUUUCUAGUUCAGCCAUUCUUCCGAUCAGCACUGAACACUUAUAGACUGUUUCUGAGGAAAUCCAGUUGCAGAGUGUGUACUGAAGCCUCUGGGACUAAGUUACCCAAUCACGCAGAUUGUGUUGAAUGCUGAAAUCAGUAAUGUGAUGAGAUGUAGGUGUUGUUAUUCUCCAGAUAUAUCAGGGCUGACAAAGGGCUGUGGAGGCAGCAUCCUCUGUGGAUCUGUUGGCUUUGAUUCAUAGCAGUGAGGGUCCAGGCUGUUGGGAGCUUGUCUUUGAUUCUAAAGCAGUGGUUCCCAACCUUCUUGGUCUCGUGGACCCUUUGAGCUGGUCGCCAUUCUAUGAGAACCCACUCACUUAUCUGUGAUGAUUCACCUGCAUUUUCUCUUGUAAUCAUAUUCAACUCAACUUUUCCUUCAAUGAAAAUCACUGGCAUAAGUCACCCUGAAUACAAAUGCAUUUCAACUUGACAUUUACAAUUAUUGUCAAUGAAAAAAAACCAUCAAGAUUCUCUUCCGAAUCAGAAGUACUUUAUUUAUCCCAGGCUGGGACAUUUUUGCGUUGCAGCAGCGAAAUACAAAGAGAAGCAAAACAAAUACAAAUAAUUAGAACUAAAAAAUAAAGUAAAAAUGAAUAAAAAUCCAGCAGUUUCCACAUCUGUUGUUAAGACAGGAACUUUUAAUGGGACACUUGAGCUUGCCUGUUGUUCAUAAGCUUUGACAGUUCUGGGGGCAGAAAUAUAUUGCAAUCCUUAAUCUUUUAUGUACCCCCUGCAAUCCCCUCAAGUUCCCCUAGGGGUCCCUGUACCCCCUGUUAGGAACCACUGCUUUAGUGGUCACUGAUGUGUGAUGUCACUGAUUAUGUUUAUUCCUCCAGAUAAAUGAUGUUCUCCUGGUUGGCAGCAGUCCUUGACACAAUCCAGUCGGUGCACUGAGACAGCUGUAGCUUCAUCUGUCCACACUUCAACUGUUCUCUCUGAUAGUGUGACCCUUUAAAACAGCUUGCAGUAAGCAGGCAGCAGAAGCAGUGAGACCCGAUCUGAUCCAAGGUGGGGUAAAUCAGUUCACAACUGUUAAAGGUAUGGACACGCUGCAGAAAUAAGACCAAGUUCUAAUAAACCAGAAUUGGUCUCUAAUAAGCUACCUGAACAUGCUUUCCUCAGGAGUGGAAGUCGUUCUAAAAAGAAAACCAUAGUUCCUCUCAACUUGUCUCUGAUUUGUGUAGUUCUGGUCUUUGGUUUUAUAAGUGAUUAUAAGUUUAUGUCUUGAAUGGCACUUUUGUAAAAAAUGGCUUGUUAGUUUAGCUCGGAUUAGAAAUAAUUGUUGCUGCAAACUGCAAGCAUCCACAUAACUGUAUCCAUUGUUGCAAUGCUAUUGCAUUUAAGUGUCCCACAUGUCAGCAAAGUAACAUCACCGGAGCCGCUGAAUUAACUACAGAGCUUACAGAGACGGACCUCCAUAUUGUUUUAAAUCUUAUGUAUAUGGCAGUAAUAUUUAUGCAUGUUUAACUAUGUCAUCUGGUUUUAACGCUAAAGUUAGUUCAUAUUUUUUGUUGUCAUUUUUCAGAUGAUCAGGGUAACCUGUGUUGUCUGGGCUGUACUCUAAAAUCCGCUGAAACGUGUUUUGUAAAAACAGCAAACAUUUGUUUUGAAACCUUGUCUUUUGAAAUGAACAUUAUUGUAAUAUGUUUGAAAUAUUGGUAUUGGCAGUUUUCUAUCACGUCAGUAUCACCACUGUCAUACACUUUCCAAAAUGUAAUCAUUGCUGAAAAUAACUUUGGAGUGGGGAAAUGGAGGCUUCGAAGGUCAAAAUGAAGACUGCAGCAUACACGUCACCCUUUAAAGUCCUCACAAAGAAAAAAGGACCCCAAAGUUUUUUGAAUAUAGGCCUCUACCAAGCGGUUCAGAUGACGUAAAAGUGCAUUUCUAAGAAUCUGCACAGAUUUGUAUGCAUUAAACUGAAAGAAAAUAUAUUUCUUUGCAUACAUGACUGGUUACAGUCUUCUGUCUAUGAACAUGACUAUGUAUACAACCUAAAAAUUGAACAUAGGUUCAAAACGGUCAUGAAAAAUCUGAAUGUAUCACCUUACCAUCACUUCUUUAACCACAAGUGACAUUUCAACUGUUCGGUCAGGCAUGAUUUUUAGACAGUCAAAAAAAAAUACUUCUGAAGUGAUUUCAUCAAAGAUAGUGAUAUAACAUCAAACAUGUCAAACUAAAAACAAUAAAUGCUCAGAGGUUUGUUCAUUUUUGAGCAAAAAGUACAUUUGAAUUACUUAAGCUUAGCUUCGCUAUGUUUACCAUAAAGCUUCAAAUCAACAUGUUUUUAAAAAUGACAAGACCCUUUUUAUUACAAAGGUUAUCAAGUUCAAAUAAAAAGGGUUGUCAAGGGUCAAGUUACACAAUUAUGAUGGGGGGGAUACGACUGCAUGUCUAACUGUUUAAGUAAUAAUGUAAUAAGUAAUAUAUACUGUAUUACAUUUUGGAAGUAACUUGCCCAACACUUCCUGCUGCACCUCAGCACUUUUCCCCAACCAGGCCUCCAGCUCCCCCCACUGAUCAGUUACUCCCACCUCAUCAGCUCACCUGUGCUCCCAGCUGCAACUCAUCUGCAUUCCAGCCAGUAUUGAAGCCUGUCAUGUUCUCAUACGCACUGCCAGAUUGUGAUUCAGCUCUCAUG